AUGUCUGUUUGUUCUGUUGCAUCCAUGCGCCUUUGCAUCUCGCGUGGCUUUGCAUGGCUAGCCGACGCAUGGGUAUGCGGGACGGAAAUAACCCGAAAGAUGUCUCGUUCCGCGCGGCUCCCUUCGCUUCAGUUCCAUUCUUCCCAUCGGGCUCAUGUAACUGCAGCAUUCACACAUCCCAUUGUUCUAGAAGCAGAAGUGGACUUAUGGGGCUAG